AUGAUUACACUAGGUGAGAUCUCCGACGCCUUCGGGCGGCCCGCCGCGCCGUCCGACCGCGUCCGACCGGAUAUGCAAACGUUUAUUACAUACGAAUCGGAGGACGUAUGUAUACAGGCUCGCUCUAGAAGGUACGUCGUCGUAAGCGCACGCGGCCUCUCGGCCCUUCACUCCCUUAAACACUACGAAUAUUAUAUCGAUAUCGAACGAAGACAUCAAAAACUCGACUCGGCUUUAAAUAGUACGAAAAUAAACAGCCGGCGAGUCGCGCGGCCGGUAUCGCUCCUAUCGAUAAAUUUACACAUCGACGUAACGAACGAGAAUACAAAAAGUUAUGGAAAAUCGUACGGAUAUCACAAGCGGCGGGCGGCGCGGGACGCCCCCGCGGAAAAUAAAAAAAUAAAUCGCGGCGCGCGUCUCUCUCGUAAAAAAGUAAAGACUCUA